AUGGAAGAAACUCUUGAUGAUGUUAAUGAUUUGAAUGCUGAAAAAGCAACAAACAGUGACCAAAUCAAACAUAUUCGUAUCGGACUAAUCGGAGCAGGAGCGAGUGGUCUUGCUCUAUUGCGUGCUUUCGAAAAAAUCCGAGAAACAAAUCACGUUAUUCCACAAAUAGUUUGUUACGAAAAGCAGGCUGAAUGUGGUGGUCUUUGGAACUAUACAUGGAGAACGGGACUGGAUGAACACGGGGAACCCGUUCAUGGCAGUAUGUACCGCUAUUUAUGGUCCAACGGACCCAAAGAGUGUUUAGAAUUUGCUGAUUAUUCGUUUGAAGAACAUUUUGGUAAAAGUAUAUCUUCGUAUCCUCCUCGAGCUGUGCUUCAUCAUUAUAUCAAGGGACGAAUCGAUAAGAGUAAUGUUCAAAACUAUAUUCAUUUUAAUACCGUUGUUCGUUGGGUUUCAUAUUGUAUUGAUCGUGAAAAAUUUACCGUUACUGUAAAAGAUUUGAAAAAAGAUACAAUGACAAGCGAAGAAUUUGAUUACGUUGUGGUAGCAUCUGGACAUUUUUCUGUACCGCAUAUACCCUAUUUUGAAGGUUUAGACAAAUUUCCUGGACGUGUUUUACAUGCUCAUGAUUUUAGAGGUGCCGAUGAAUUCGUAGGAAAAAAUCUUCUACUGAUUGGCAGUAGUUAUUCGGCCGAGGAUAUUGGUGUUCAAUGUCAUAAAUAUGGUGCGAAAACAAUAACAAUCAGUUAUCGAACGCGACCCAUGGGUUUUAAAUGGCCUUCAAAUAUGAAAGAGGUUCCACUGUUAAUUCGAGUUAUUGGUAGGACAGCGCAUUUCAAAGAUGGUUCAAUACAAGAAAAUAUAGACGCCAUUAUUUUAUGUACUGGUUAUUUACAUAGUUUUCCCUUCCUUCCUGAUGAUUUACGUCUCAAAACAUAUAAUCGUCUUUAUCCAUCUAAUCUUUAUAAAGGUAUUUUUUGGUUAGACAAUCCAAAAUUAAUUUAUUUGGGAAUGCAAGAUCAAUAUUUUACGUUCAAUAUGUUUGAUUCACAAGCAUGGUAUGCUCGUGAUGUGAUUCUUAAACGAAUUAUACUUCCUACGAGGAAGGAGAUGGAGAUGAAUAUUAGAGAAUGGCUUGAAAAUGAAGAAAAAGUAGUUGGAAAAUACGAUGCUAUUGAUUUUCAAGCAGAAUAUAUACGUGAUCUAUUACAAUACACUGAUUAUCCAACACUCGAUGUUCAGCAUGUUGCUAAAUUAUUUAAAGAAUGGGAAGAUGAUAAAGAUGAAAAUAUUCUUACGUAUCGUGAUAAAACAUUUCCAUCGGUAAUAACAGGAACAAUGGCACCAAAGCACCAUACACAUUGGAUAGAGGCACAUGAUGAUACCCUUGAAACAUAUUUAAAUGAACAUAGAACAUUGUCCAAUCCUAUUUAA